UUCAUCGUCAAUCAUUUUCGGUCAAUAUCUAUAACAACCAGUUAUUAGAAUGCGUGCCGCCUAGCUUCUCCAACGUAACUCGCCAUUAUUCCGACGAUACAUAAAUUUUAUAAGGUGAAUUGAAGAAUCCACACCCGCAGUUAAAACUUGAAUUUUUUCUCUUCUUUGGAUCAUCACAAUGAAGAAGUACGACGCAUUGCGGGCCAGGAGGUUGAUGAAGUACGAACAGACCAAAUGGAGGAUAACCUGGUCAAUGAUCACUGGCUUCUUCGUUUGCGUCAGAUUCUCUCAAUACGUUGAUCAGAUCGGACCUCUGGGAGUUGUUGAUGUUAGCAAGACCAGCGAGUACACAGAAAUCAUAAACAUUGUCGCAACUGCACAAGAUUAUACAAGCAACUCCACUCAGCUAACGCCAAAAGCUGAUCAGAAUCAUUCUUACAGAAAAACACAAGAAAACUCAACCGGUAAUGAAGCCCGUGUUGACGCGAGGAGCUCCGAACAGCAAACCAUUCUGCAGGAAAGUCAACCACUACAGCCACAAGAUCAAUCCCGGCAGCAAGGCAUUCUGGAGGACAGUCAACGGCCACAGCCAGAAGAAUCCCGACAGCAAAUGAUUCUGCGGGAAAGUCAACCACUACUGCAAGAAGAAUCUGUGAAACGGGACACUGAAACGACGAGGAUCGAUGACAGAACCAGUAGCAUCUCUACUGUGGAAACGAGCACGACCAGCGGCAACGAGAAAGAUGGAAGAAUCGGAAUGGAAUCGGUGGAGGAGACUCCACCACUUGCAAACGGUACCAGCAGUAGUUCUCAGCCUUUAAAGGAGGAGGAAGCAGAGGUUACUACGGUCAAACAGAACGAAAUAGCAAUCCCGCCGCCGGCGGUAUGCACCACCGGCGGUCGGUCAGACUUCUGCGACUUACGAGGAGACAUUAGAGUCGACCCAAACUCAUGGACUGUUUACUACGUCGCCACGUCAGAGAAUGAUACAAUCCACCUGUCCCCUGAAAACGGCAACACGUCGUCGUUCAGCGUCAGGCCCUACGCGAGAAACGACGAUCCCUACGCAAUGGCGACCGUAAGAGAAUGGUCACUAAAAAUGGUGCCGCCGAGCGAUCCGGACCUGCCGUUCUGCUACGAAAUUCACGACGACGCCGGCGUGAUCUUCUCACUUGCUGGGUACGCCGGGCACCGAUUUCACCUCUUCACCGACGUCCUCGUCCCUCUUUUCGCCACCGCUCGUCCCUUCGAGGGGGAAGUAGAGCUUUUGGCGACGGACUAUCAGUCGUGGCUGGUGCCCUUGCUCAAACCAAUAACAGGAGCACUAUCCAGGUACGAAGUGAUCGACAUCGACAAAGAAAGGCAGGGCGAAAAAACACACUGCUUCUCAACCCUAACCUUAGGCCUAAAAGGUCGCCACCUGAAAGAACUCAGCAUCAACCCGCUCCAAUCUCCAUACAGAAUCAAAGACUUCAUCCAUCUCUUAAGAACCGUCUACUCCUUAAACAAAACAACCACCACCACCACCACCGCCGCAACCAAACCCCAACCACCGGGAGACAACAACAAAUCAUCUGCAGCUGCAGUUCCCCGACUUCUCAUCAUCUCUCGAAAGACCGUCCGCACGUUCACCAACCUCCGCGACAUCGCGAGGAUGGCGACGGGCCUCGGGUUCCGCGUCACGGUGGCGGAACCAUCCGCCAUGCAGGAUCUCCCCGCGUCGGCUCGCGUCGUGCACUCGUGCGACGUCGUGUUGGGAGUCCACGGGUCCGACCUGACGAACGUGGUUUUCCUUCCGGACGGCGCCGUUUUCAUCCAGGUCGUGCCCGUGGCGCUGGAGUGGUGCGCGAGGACGUUCUACGAGGAGCCGUCGACGGACAUGGACGUGAGGUACCUGGAGUACAGGAUCGGAAGGGAGGAGAGCAGUUUGGCGGGGGAGUACGCUGAGGACGACGCCGUUUUCACCGAUCCGGCGUCGUUUGAGAGGAAGGGGUGGGGGGUGUUCAAGUCGAUUUACUUGGAUAACCAGAACGUGACGAUUGACACGCAGAGGUUUCGGCCGACGCUGCUGAAGGCGCUGGCCAUGUUCUCGCAGCCCAACCGGACGUUCAAUUGGUGAGGAUGCGCUUGCAUCGAAUUCAGUAGGAACAUGCAUGAUGGUGCAAUUAUCAUAAUUGUGUAGUACUAUAUAUAUAUAUAUAUAUAUAUAUAUAUAUAUAUAUAUAUAUAUAUAUAUAUAUAUGUAGCAUAAAUGUAUGAAAGUUGUGUACCCAUUCAAUGAUAGUUAAUUUUAUUUGUGUUAUAACGUGAGAAACGUAACAGUACAUUAAUAUUAACCCAUCGUCACUUGCAAAUGGGAGUCACAUUCACCUCUUCAUUGCAAAAAGCCUCUUGUUCGGCCAGUGCAAGACGCGAGUUAACGUGGUAUAUCCCUCAACGACUUGAUUCGUAUGAAGGAAAAUUCGGACUACCUAGCCUGUGCUCUGCACUGUCUUACGGGUUAGCCGACUAGAGAUGACCAACACAGAAACCAAACUAAACAAGAUUUUUCUCCCGAGACAACACAUAAUACAAAUUUUAUUGCUUUGAUUCUUUCGUUGAGGUUAAACCAAAAUCUCUCUCUCUCUCUUCUUGGAACAUCUAUAUCUAUCUAUCUAUCUAUCUAUACUAUAUAUUAUGGCAAUUCAAAAAAAAAAAUUCUUGCCACAUAAGCACUUGGAGGAUCUACAAUUUGCCAAGUUGGACAACUUUUUUACAAACAAAAAAUUAGUUAUUAAUGUAUUUAUGGAGAUACCUCUCUCUUCUUUAAUAUUUCCAUUUCUUUUAUCCAAUUAUUCUUUUUCAUUUAUCCAUUUAUUCUUUUUUGUCUUUAAUAAUAAGUUACAUGUUGAUAAACUUAACCAAACACACAUAAAUAAUAAUUUUUUUAAAUAAACAAAAUAUAAAUACGAAAAAAGAGAGUGACAUAUAUCAUAUUUAUUUAAAUAAAAAAUAUCUGAUUAAACCUUAUGAAAUAAAUUUUCUACUCAUUUUUACUAAAAUUCAAUGAUAAGUUACAUUUUGAUGAAAAAAUAAACAAACAUACACAUAAACAAUUAUGUUUUAAUCGAUUAAACCAAAAUAUAUAUGAAAAGAGAGAAAAUAAACAUUUGUCAUUCAAUUACCUUUGAAAAAUAAACUAAAUUACUUUAUAUUUUGUUGCAAUGAAACAUUAUCUUAUUCGUACAAUAUAUAUCUAUAAAAUAAAACAGUAUUAUUUAGCAAAAUGUCAGAGUACAAUCUUGAUCGAGUAGUUACAGUUAUUUAUUUAAAAAAAUUUCUUAUUUAUUCAGAUCAUGUUCUACCUUAAAUUCCUCAAAUGAAGAGGUAUCGCAUGUGCAAUAAUUUGAUAAUGUGACCUAAGUUCACAUUAAUAAUAUUUGCUCUAUAUCAUGUCGAUUGAGCAAGCUCUAUUGAGGUUCUAAGUCGUAUGCUAAGAAAUUUUCUUUCAGCCUUGGAGAUAUCUUCGACGAUUAUAAAUCAAAAUUUUCAAAAUGACUUAAGUAUGAUUGUUGACGAACUUUGACUUCAUACCCUAGGAUGAGAUACAAGAUUCCUUGAAAAAUAAUAGAUGUGAAGGUUAGAAAAAUCACUGUUCAGAAUCUACGAUAAACAUCACGUUUCAUCAACUACUAACAUAGGCAUUUACCAAAUAAAGGUUGGCAAUUUUUAGUAAGAUCGUCAAUUGGGAUAAACAUAUUUAUCCAGCAAUCAAGUAUCUUUAUCCAAUAAUCUCAACUCUCAAAAUUGGUUUUCAGUUCGUCUAGACUCGAGAAAAACGAAUUAAUAUAUGUUGUAUAAGAUAAUAAGUUAAUGCAAAUAAUCAAAUGAAAUACACUGAUAUUG